GUUACAUCUGCCACAUGUCCUGCAGAGAGCCGGAUCUCCCCAGAUGGAGGGGUAUAAAGGCAGCAGAAGCCACCCAUCGCCUCCAUCGGCUGACCUGCAAUCGCCUCCCUUUGGGAAAAGACGGACAGGUGAGUCUCACCCGCUUCCUCUUCCUUUCCCCCUUUAUGCUAGAAAGCAGCAAGCUCUCCUUGUUUGAUCGGUGGGUUUAGCCAACUGAUGUUUGGCAGAGGAUUAAUAUUUUUAUUCCUUUUUUUGAAAAAAUCAUAGCCCUUUAGCUGGAGAUUUGCUAGCCCCUUUGAGCAAAUCUGGCACCCAACGCCGAGCCAAAGAGCUCACACAGAAGCAUAGCUGUCAACUUUCAGAUUUGAAAAUAAGGGAUCAGCAGCCUCAAAAUUAAGGGAUCAGCAGCCUCACCUGUCCCAGGGACAGUCUACGGGAUAUCUAACAAUCUGGGAUAGCAGAGGGAAGCAGUGGGAAACGGCACUGGAAUAAGGGAAUUUCCCGCAAAAAAGGGGGAGGUUGACAGCUAUGCACAGAAGGGAAACUCUGUGUUUGCUAGACCAGUUGUUGGCACCUUGCAAGUAGGUGCUCAGCAGAACAGCAGCACCUAGAAAGCACAAUGGCUUUGCCCUGUCCCCGCUGCUUCCCCCUGGAAAACCUAUUCUUUAGGGAUAGGUAAAGGUAAAGGGACCCCUGACCAUUAGGUCCAGUCGUGACUGACUCUGGGGUUGCGGCGCUCAUCUCGCUUUAUUGGCCGAGGGAGCCAGUGUACAGCUUCUGGGUCAUGUGGCCAGCAUGACUGAGCUGCUUCUGGAGAACCAGAGCAGCGCAAGGAAACGCCGUUUGCCUUCCCGCCGGAGCGGUACCUAUUUAUCUACUUGCACUUUGACGUGCUUUCAAACUGCUAGGUUGGCAAGAGCAGGGACCGAGCAACGGAGCUCACCCCAUCACAGGGAUUCAGAACCGCCAACCUUCUGAUUGGCAAGUCCUAGGCUCUGUGGUUUAACCCACAGCGCCACCUGCGUCUCUUCUGUAGGGAUAAAUCAGAGCAAAUGUCAGUUCAGAGAAAAACCCCGUAGAUGUUUGCUCUGAUUCAACGGUAAAUAUCAGGUUUCGUCAGGCAGGGGAAAGAGGUGGAGCAAGAGCAAGUCUGGAUGAAACCAUAGAAUCGUAGUGUUGGCAGGGACCCCCAGGGGACAUCUAGUCCAACCCCUUGGAAUUGCAGCAAGAGAAUCCCUGACAAGGGCUGGCCCGGCUGCCAAGAUACUAUUGAAGUACUCAGAGGCAUACGAUUUAAUUUACGAUUUAAGAUAUCUUUAUUGUCAUUGUCCCUUGCAGAACAAAUACAAAUGCUUACAAAGUGUAAUAAGCAAAAAAUCUGCCCUUCUUCCCUUAUGGGGGACACAAGAGCCCUUAUAGAGUCCUUUGUAGGUUCUCCAUCGGUCGGAGAAAAUAGCAGAGGCCAACCAGAGAAUAUUGAGAAGCAAAGCAGCUAGUAAGCCUGAUCUUUAUUGACUGUUGCAACAGGGUGCUCCCCUGAGGAGGACCCCAAACCAAGGUGUGCCCGCCCCUAUGUAGACAUUUUAAAUUUCCUGCCCUGGAGCUCAAGACCACCCCCCAGAUACAUCAUACCUACAUCACAGAAAUGUGGUCUACAACAGAAAUUUGAGUGUUGUUGUUUUUCCUGUCUGGCAGGUUUUCUGAUAGUGCCUUAUCUGAUUGCCUUUCCUGGUAGUCUGGCCAUUCCUUUGAGAUGGUGAUUUCCCAAUUCCUGAGACAAUGGGAAGGUUCCCUCACCCCCUCCCUCCUUGCAGAGAAAACAUUUGGUCAGUUUAGGAGUCAAAAUGGUUUCAGGGAGUCAAAAUGGAUUCAGAAAGGUCUUCCUGUGCUGCUCCAGACAUUGGUACAUUUAUGAACAUUUAUUAUACAGUGGUACCUCAGGUUACAUACGCUUCAGGUUACAGACUCCGCUAACCCAGAAAUAUUACCUCAGGUUAAGAACUUUGCUUCAGGAUGAGAACAGAAAUCGUGCUCCGGCAGCAGCAGGAGGCCCCAUUAGCUAAAGUGGUGCUUCAGGUUAAGAACAGUUUCAGGUUAAGAACGGACCUCCGGAACGAAUUAAGUACGUAACCAGAGGUACCACUGUAUAUAUAAGACCUUAUUUUUUUAUUAUUUCAAAAGAAACAAACAGCACUGGCCACCCCAAGCAGUCAGUUCAGGGAUGGCAAGGUUGUCUGCAAACAUUUCUGCUUCUGGCACUGAAUGGGCAAGGACCACAGAGUCCUCCUCUCUUCUCCUGAUUCCUCUUCCUCUCUCUCUGCCUUCCCAGAGCUGAAGAAGAAGCAAGAAGAUGGGUCUGGUUUCCUAUUUCAGCCUCGGGCUCCUGGGAUGCUUAGUAGUUGGACCCUUCAUGAGUGGUGAGUUCUCCCGAGACCCCAAUGGGUCCCCUGAAGAUUUUAAGGGGAUCAUCCUGGUCCAGUGCCUAUUAUUAUUAUUCUUAUUAUUAUUAUUAUUAUUAUUAUUAUUCCUGCUUUUUCUUUAAAAAGUGUUGAGGGGUACUCUCAUUUUGACGCAAGAAAAUCACCCUUUUAUAGUUCAAAUCGGGGAAAAUAAAUGGACAAAAGUACAAAGAUUCACAACAUGUUUAGGGGUUUGCGUAGCCCUGUGUAUCCCCAGAAAAAAGCACUGAUGGUGGUGGUGGUGGUGAUGAGGUUGAAUUUAUACCCUGCCUUUUCCCCUAACAGGGACACAAGGCAGCUUACAGAUAAAAAUAAACACAGCUAAAACCCCCUUGGGGAGGGGAGAACAAUAAUUUUUUAAAAAGCAAUUAAAUUUUGAUAGUAUAUAUGUGUAUACUGGUGUGUAAGAGAGAGAGAGAGAGAUCUAGCCAAACAUACAGAUCAUUGCAAUAAAAGCAACACAGCAGCUGCGCUUUCCUUAAAAGCAGUCCGUUCCCAAAAGCCUCUUGGGGCAAGAAAGCCUUUGCCAGCGACAAGGAGGGGCAACAAGGAGGGAGCCAGUCUGGUUUCCCUAAGGAGGGAGAAUCAGAGUUGCCUGGGAGUUUUGGUCCUAGCUUUUUGACUGUAUCAUUCUAAUUUGUCCACCUCAAGUCUCGAUCUGGAGAUCUGCACCGGGUUGUAUAUAUAGAGUGAGAAAUGUCAAUUUGUUGUUGGGUUGGUUGGUUGCUUAGUGAAAGCUGGUAGUGGUGAUGUGUGUAUAGUUGGUCAGUCGCUUUGGCAGAAAGACUUUUAAGAAUAAAAGCAGAAAGCACUCCGCAAUGAUACUUUUCUCGUGGACUCUUUUAUGCCGACAAGGGUCCGAGGACCAGGCUGAGGUGACAAAGGGAGGUCAGAACUUUUUUUUUUAACAAACACUGACAAGAUCGGCAUACAGUGGUACCUCGGGUUACAGACGCUUCAGGUUGCAGACUCCGUUAACCCAGAAAUAGUACCUCGGGUUAAGAAUUUUGCUUCAGGGUGAGAACAGAAAUCGUGCUCUGGUGGCAGUGGGAGGCCCCAUUAGCUAAAGUAGUGCUUCAGGUUAAGAACAGUUUCAGGUUAAGAACGGACUUCCGGAACGAAUUACCGCAUUUUUCGCCCUAUAGGAUGCACCAUCCCAUAAGGCGCACCUAGUUUUUUGGGGGGGAAAUAAAGGGGGCAAAAAAUAUUUCCCCCCCCAGGCACGGGGCUGGGGCGGGGGAAGCCCGAGCUUACCCCGACCCCAGCCCCCAGAACAGGCAACUCUCCGCAAGCCAUGGGAGUCCAGCGCCGGGCUCCUGCGCCUUGCAGAGAGCUGCGCGAAGCCAGGAGAGCGAGAGGGUCGGUGCGCACCGGCCUCUCGCUCUCCAGGCUUCAGCGAAAGCCUGCAUUCGCCCCAUAGGACGCACACACAGUUCCCCUUCAUUUUUGGAGGGGAAAAAGUGCGUCCUAUGGGGCGAAAAAUACGGUAAGUACUUAACCCGAGGUACCACUGUAUAAAUAAAAUAAAAUAAGAAUAGCAAAUAAGCAAAUAAGCCUGCUGCCCAGACUCUUUGUGCCCACCAUUGGAAUGGGGCGUGCUACCCAGAGGUGCCCCUCCCUGUCCUCCUCUCUCCUAGGAUGGGUGGCUGGGGGGCAACCAGGGGGUUCUGUAUCUCUCACGAUGACGCUCUGUGUCCCACGCAGGAGGGGUCCGUGCUGCGCAGUGUCCCAACAACUGGCUGUCUUUCCAGGGGAAAUGCUACGGUUACUUCCCCCAGGAGGUGUCCUGGCAGCAUGCAGAGGUGAGCAGCGUAAACAGGGCUCCCCCCAAAAUGGGGUGGGAGGGAGCCCUCCCCCUUUGUGGGUCCCACUAGCAACAUGAGUAGGGAUGCGGGUGGUGCUGUGCUCUAAACCACUGAGCCUCUUGGGCUUGCUGGUCAGCGGUUCGAAUCCCCACCACGGGGUGAGCUCCCGUUGCUCUGUCCCAGCUCCUGCCAACCUAGCUCCAAGCUCCUGCAGCCAAUCGGAAGCAGUGGAAGCCACGCCGGAUGUUUGGCUUCUGAAAAUUGUUCAAAAACCGGAACACUCACUUCUGGGUUUUGAUCGUUCGGGUGCCGAUUUGUUCGGGAGCCGAGGCGUUUGAGUUCCAAGAUACGGCUGUAUUUAUUAAAUUUCUAUGAGCUAAAAAGUCCCAAACUCUGCACCCUUUUCCCUGUAUUUAUUAAAUUUCUGUAUUUAUUAAAUUUCUAUAAGCUAAAAAGUCCCAAACUCUGCACCCUUUUCUCUGUAUUUAUUAAAUUUCUAUAAUCUAAAAAGUCCAAAACUCUGCGCCCUUUUCCCUGUAUUUAUUAAAUUUCUAUAAGCUAAGAAGUCCCAAACUCUGCCCCCUUUCCCCACAGGGGAGUCUCCCCACCCCAUUGAUAAUUUUGGUUCUGAACCUUCUCCAACUCCUUUUUGAGAUAAGGCAACCAGAACAUUACCCAGUAUUCUGAAUAUCUUGUACUCACCUUUCCCCCUCCCUCGACCAGAAUGAAUGCCAGCGCCUGGGGGGACACCUGGCCUCCCUUCUGGACAGGAACGAGCACAACGCCGUGGCCAGGUUCCUGCAGCAGGCCCAGAGGUGGGACGACGACGACGUCUGGUUCGGGCUCUCCAUCCCUGGCAGGGUGAGUGAGAAGCAUCAUCGCCCAUCAAAGAAUCAUAGCCUUGGAAGGGUCCCCCGAAGGCCAUCUAGUCCAACCCCCUGCGAUGCAGGAAUAUGCCCCCAUAUGCCGCUGUUGCUUGCGAUGCUUGUUGACGUCCCAGCAUCCAUGUUUCCAUGUGGGAGAGGCCAGAGCACCUGAGAAAUUGCUGGAAGGGAGAAUUGAGGCUCUCACUUGAAUGCAGAAUUUCCACAGCCCCAAACACAGUUAUCCUCUGACAGGGCACUUCUGGGGGUUCCCCACACAGCCCCUGAGGUUUGGUCGGCCUUUACUAGGGACCAAGCCUUUGGUGUGGGAGGCUUUGCCCUGCGGAACUCCCUGCCAGGGGAAGUUCAGUGUGAACCAUAACAUUGUAUGUUAGAAUUCCUGCUCCGUGAUUGCAGUCAUGGGAUUGUUGUCUUUCACAUGGCGGUGUAUGUUUUGACUCCACAGAGUGGGAAGUGACGGAGACAGGAUGUUUGUGUUCCUGUGUUCCAUGAAGUGGGACUAUUGUCCUUUGCUCUUUUUCUCUUUUCUGUCUGAUGCUAGAGAGAGAGGGAGCCAUGUUGCAGUGCUCCGUGUGUGUUUAUAUGUAAAUAAAGUAGAUUAGCCAAAAUGCUGAGGUCUGUUACGCAAGUUGCACAAACUCUGCGGAUCCCUAAGUGUGCCGGUGUCGGUUGGCAUCGGUUGCUGUGAUGUUCGGGCUGAAGAAAGCUUUUGAAGCUCCCGAACGAUUGACCAGGAGGGAGAGAACAUGCCAGUCAGGCACGUGUCUCUGCCAGGGUCCUACUCGUGUGUAGGCUGAACUCCUCACAUUAUACAGUUGGAAGAGACCCUGACGAUCAUCUAGCCCAACCCCCUGCAAUGCAGCUGUCCUAUACGGGGAUCGAACCUGCAACACUGGCGUUAUCAGCACCACGCUCUAACCAGCUGAGCUAUCCAGGCUGACAUCCCGACCUUCUUUCAGAUGCCGCCUAAAAAAAGGGUGUUAUUCACAGAAUCCUUUGAGAUGAGUUUCUUUCUACCAAGCAAUAUUUAUUUAUGCAUUUGUUGUAUUUAUUUAUUUGUUUUUUUGAAAUGUUACGUGGCGCCUUGCUGUGUUCUUCUGAAAGCUCGGCCCCUAAAUGUUCCAAAUGCCGGUUCCCAGAUACAUUUCUCAUCUUCCCCAUUUGCAGAGCACCACCUGGGCUUGGGCAGACGGGAGCCCCGUGAGCUACACAGCCUGGGAAAAGUACAAGAGCUAUCCUGCCCUGAAAGGCGAGCAUUGCGCUGCCUUGGAUGAGUCUUCAGGUGAGGAAGUGUGUGUGAGAGAGAGGGAUUUAGGAGGGUGGCUCUGUUCUGGGCACCAGGCAGCGCUCGCGGCAGGAAUCGUUCACGCUCGGCCCUGUUAACCUGCGGAACUCCCUGCCUCAGGCUGUUGCGAUGAGAACUCAGCGGGGCGCGACACAAAUGGAAACAUAAAGGCAGUGUGACAUUUGUUAGGUGGGUUCCCGUGGCAACGUUCUGCUUUGUAGCAGGGUCUGCGGUGAACAGGAGGGGAAAGAGCUAUGGAACUCGCUGCCACAGGAGGCAACCCAGUCCUUUUUAAAAAAGGACCAAUUCAUGGAGGCGACGGCUAGCAAUGGCUACUGGCCACAGUGGCUAUUCUCUAUUCCCAGUUGCUGGAAACCACAGGAAGACAGAGGGCUCUGGUGCUCAGCUCCUGCAUGUUUUCCUUUUGGAAUAGAAUAGACUUUAUUAUUUAUACCCCACCCAUCUGGCUGGCUUCCAACAGAGUAUUAAAAUACAGUGGUCUGUUAAACAUUAAAAGCUUCCCUAAACAGGGCUGCCUUCAGAUGUCUUCUAAAAGUUUGGUAGUUGUUGUUCUCUUUGACAUCUGGUGGGAGGGCGUUCCACAGGGCAGGCACCACCACCGAGAAGGCCCUCUGCCUGGUUCCCUGAAGCUUUGCUUCUCGCAGUGAGGGAACCACCAGAAGGCUGUUGGAGCUGGACCUCAGUGUCCGGGCAGAAUGAUGGGGGUGGAGACUCUCCUUCAGGUCUACUGGGCCGAGGCCGUAUAGGGCUUAAAAGGUCAGCACCAACACUUUUGGGGCAUGUGGUCAGCCGCUGCAAAAACAGACUCUUCGGAUAUUGGGCAGGUUUCCCAGGACUGACUCCUCCCUCUCUCCCCUUUUCCAGGGUUCAUGCUGUGGGACAACGAUUCCUGCUACGACCGGAACCCCUUUGUCUGCAAGGUGUAGACACGCACACCUGGUGGGCAGGAAUCCUGGAAGCUUCAGCACAGACCACAACCUGCCCUGCCCUGGGUGGGUGCCUGGAGGCCCCGGUCUCCUGUCUCCAGCCCUGCACAGACCCCCACUACCCAUCCCUUUUCCCCCUCUCUCCUCUCUCGAAUCAGCCCCCCCCCCGAGCUCCCUUGCUCUGACUCUGGAUGCCAACCCAGGCAGGCAGCAGCACAGAACCUGCAAUAAACCUCUCUUGUGCAUGUAAAAUGUACCAUCUCCGUUCAUUUUCUGUGGGGGGCGAUGCUUUUUUAAGGGGAUACAUGGAAAUUGGGACCCUCUAAAGCAUGGGUAGGCAAACUAAGGCCCGGGGGCCGGAUCCGGCCCAAUCGCCUUCUCAAUCCAGCCCACGGAUGGUCCAGGAAUCAGCGUGUUUUUACAUGAGUAGAAUGUGUGCUUUUAUUUAAAAUGCAUCUCUGGGUUAUUUGUGGGGUAUAGGAAUUUGUUCAUUUUCCCCCAAAAAAUAUAGUCUGGCCCCCCACAAGGUCUGAGGGACAGUGGACCGGCCCUCUGCUGAAAAAGUUUGCGGACCCCUGCUCUAAAGCAAGUCCCGAUUUAGGGGUCCUAAUCCUUCCUUGCUCUGGGGCGGCCUUCUCUCCCCUGGUGUCCUCCAGCUGCUUGGACUACAAUACCCAUCAGCCCCUGCGUCAGAUGGCCACAGAGGCAGCAGAUGAGGGGAUCUGUAGUCCAAAGCAGCAAGAAGAUGCCAUGCUGCGAGGUGUGUGUGGCUAGAUCAGAGGCCAACCAUGCCUGGUUAGCUUUGCUCUCUGUUCAAGCCUGAUGGGGAACAAAGUGGGACUGGUUGCGGCAGGCAAUGACCCAUAGAAUCAUAGCAUUGUAGACUUGGAAGCUACCCUCUAGUCCAACCAUCCAGUCCAACCCCCUGCAAUGCAGGAAUCUCAGCCAAAGCAUCCAUGGCAGAUGGCCACCCAACCUCUGCUUAAAAACCUCCAAGGAAGGAGGAGCGUCCGAAACCUCCCUGGGCAUGUUUGCUGUGUGGCCUUCAGGGGAUGGGGAGACUUUUCCUUAGCACGUCCAAAGCGAUAGCAUAGCUGAAGAUAAAAUCUUGCAGGAGUGAGGAGGCAGGGCUGCAGAGGGCAGACAAUGUGGCACAGGGUCAAGAAGGCAGUUGGUAAAGGGACCCCUGACCAUUAGGUCCAGU